GAGAGGCUCCCCUUGCAGAUAACCAAGCGCCUCCCAGCCCCCCUGAGCUGAGGAUGGUGCUGCUUGGGAAGACUGGGGCUGGGAAGAGUGCAGCAGGAAACACCAUCCUGGGCAGAGAGGAGUUCAGAUCUGAAGCCAGCUCCUCUGCAGUAACGAGGGAGUGUGAGAAGAGAAAAGGACAAGUGGCUGGGAGACCUGUUGCUGUGAUCGACACUCCAGAGCUCUCUCAGGACAAACUCCAGAUUAGGAGCUGUGUCUCUCUGUCUGCCCCGGGACCCCACGCUUUCCUCCUGGUGAUACCGGUGGGCCGAUUCACAGAGGAAGAGAGGAGAGCGGUGGAGACAGUCCAGGAGAUAUUCAGUGAGGAGGCUGUGAGGAGCUACACGAUGCUGCUUUUCACACACGGUGACAAACUGAAAGGCAAGACCAUUGAGGAUUAUAUUCAGAGAGGCAGCAAGGAGCUCCAGCAGCUUGUUGAGAAAUGUGGGAACAGGUAUCAUGUUCUCAACAAUCAGGACAGGAGCGAUCGCACUCAGGUCACACAGCUCCUAGACAAGAUAGACAACAUGGUGAAGGGAAGUGGAGGCUACUACACUGUGGAGAUGUACCUAGAGGAGAAAAUUAGACAAAAGGAACAGGAGCUGAAUAAGAAACACAAAGAGGAGCUGAGCAGGAAAGAAGAGGAGAUGAAACAGAAAUAUGAGGAGGAACAGAGGAGGAGAGAAGAGGAGCUGAUGGAGAAGUUGAGAAAGCAGAAGAAAGUGUCUGGAGGAGCCCGGGGCACUAUAGAGAAACGGGAAGGAGAGACUCCCUUUGCCGACAGCCAAGUGCCUUCAACAGAACAAACACAUGAGAAGAAUAAGGAGGAGCCGCCAGAGGAACCCAAGCUGCCUGUCAGGAGAAGACAAAGCAUUGAAGACGACCCUCUCAACAUGUCUGGAGGUGAAGGAGAGGCUCCCCUUGCAGAUAACCAAGUGUCUCCCAGCCCCUGGGAAGGGAAAGAAAGGGCCAGUGAAGUGAGACUAAGGAAGAAGAGAGAAGAGCAGAUUGACAGGGUGGGAUAUGAAAAGAGCAAACUGCUAAAGGAGAGGCCAGGAGAGCUGGAGCUACAACUGGAGCUGAGGAGAGAGAGGGAGAAAUCCAGAGUGCUGGAGCGGGAGCUGAAGAGAGCACAAGAGGGGGAGCAAGAGCUGAAGAAACAGAGGGAGAAAAUGAGAGAGCUGGAGGAGGAGCAGAGGAGAGACAGAGAGAAAUGGAGAGACCUCGCCACAGCGCCCCUGUACAGAGAGAGAGAGGAGAGAGAGAGAGAGAGAGAGGGAGGGGUGGCAGCCGCAGGUUUUCAAAAAGGGCGGGGGAUCAUGUCUGAAGAAACUGUUUCUCAAGAGCUGCGCAGCGCCUCUGAGCUGAGGAUCGUGCUGCUUGGGGGAAACUGGGCUGGGAAGAGUGCAGCAGGAAACACCAUCCUGGACAGAGCGGAGUCUAUAUCUGGAUUCAGCUUCUCUGCAAGAACGAGGGAGUGUGAGAAGAGAACAGGAGAAGUGUCUGGGAGACAGGUCACUGUGGUCAACACUCCAGACUUGUUAGACACAGACCGGGUUGAGAUUGAGAGAUGUGUUUCUCUGUCUGCCCCGGGACCCCACGCUUUCCUCCUGGUGAUACCCGUGUAUACAAAAGAAACGAUUGCCUCUCACCGUGAGUCUAUAGUAGAAGAGUAUUACAAAGCCUUUGAUAAAGUGCAGGAGCUGUUUGGUGAGAGAGCUGUGAGGAACACGAUGAUCCUUUUCACCCACUGGGAUUAUCUGAGAGGCAGGACGAUUGAGCAGUACAUUGAGGAAGCUGGUGAGAAGCUCCAGCAGCUUGUUGAGAAAUGUGGGAACAGGUAUCAUGUUCUCAACACUGAGGACAGGAGCGAUCGCACUCAGGUCACACAGCUCCUGGACAAGAUAGACAACAUGGUGAAGGGAAGUGGAGGCUGCUACCUCCCAAAUGAGAUUUACCAGCAGGUAGAAGAAAGGAUUAGACUAAAGGAACAGGAGCUGAGUAAGAAACACAAAGAGGAGCUGAGCAGGAAAGAAGAGGAGAUGAAACAGAAAUAUGAGGAGGAACAGAGGAGGAGAGAAGAGGAGAUGAAACAGAAAAGGAGGAGAGAAGAGGAGCUGAAAUUGAGGAGGAAAAUGAAGGAAGAGGAGCUGGAGAAAGAGGCAGAGGAAUCCAAGCUGCCUGUCAGGAGAAGGAACAGCAAUGAUGGAGAUCGUCCCAACUUGUCUGGAGGUGAAGGAGAGGCUCCCCUUGCAGAUAACCAAGCGCCUCCCAGCCCCCCUGAGCUGAGGAUGGUGCUGCUUGGGAAGACUGGGGCUGGGAAGAGUGCAGCAGGAAACACCAUCCUGGGCAGAGAGGAGUUCAGAUCUGAAGCCAGCUCCUCUGCAGUAACGAGGGAGUGUGAGAAGAGAAAAGGACAAGUGGCUGGGAGACCUGUUGCUGUGAUCGACACUCCAGAGCUCUCUCAGGACAAACUCCAGAUUAGGAGCUGUGUCUCUCUGUCUGCCCCGGGACCCCACGCUUUCCUCCUGGUGAUACCGGUGGGCCGAUUCCCAGAGGAAGAGAGGAGAGCGGUGGAGACAGUCCAGGAGAUAUUCAGUGAGGAGGCUGUGAGGAGCUACACGAUGCUGCUUUUCACACACGGUGACAAACUGAAAGGCAAGACCAUUGAGGAUUAUAUUCAGAGAGGCAGCAAGGAGCUCCAGCAGCUUGUUGAGAAAUGUGGGAACAGGUAUCAUGUUCUCAACACUGAGGACAGGAGCGAUCGCACUCAGGUCACACAGCUCCUGGACAAGAUAGACAACAUGGUGAAGGGAAACAACGGCAGCUACUACACCAGUGAGAUGUACCAGCAAGCAGAAGAGAAGGCUGGAGAAGUGAGGCUAAGGAAGAAGAGAGAAGAGCAGAUUGACAGGGUGGGAUAUGAAAAGAGCAAACUGCUAAAGGAGAGGCCAGAAGAGCUGGAGCUACAACUGGAGCUGAGGAGAGAGAGGGAGAAAUCCAGAGUGCUGGAGCGGGAGCUGAAGAGAGCACAAGAGGGGGAGCAAGAGCUGAAGAAACAGAGGGAGAAAAUGAGAGAGCUGGAGGAGGAGCAGGAGAGAGAGAGGGAGAAAUCCAGAGUGCUGGAGCGGGAGCUGAAGAGAGCACAAGAGGGGGAGCAAGAGCUGAAGAAACAGAGGGAGAAAAGGAGAGAGCUGGAGGAAAAGUCACCUGAAAAUCAAUCUCUCAGUUCCUCAGCGGCAGUAUUUGGAGGGUCAGUAGGGGCAGCAAUAGGGGCCGUUGCUGGAGCCGUACUGGGGCCAGUAGGAGCUGCAGCAGGAGUGCUGAUAGGAGCUAUACUAGGAGCAGCAACAGCAACAAUAUUAGGAACACAGGCAGCAAAAGAGCCACACAAAACACAGCGAUGAUAACAUGGACCACACUGAUGUGAAAACUGCACCAGGCUUCCAAUGCUGAGCUCUUCCAGCCGUCACUGUCUGUACCUGUAAUGAAUAAGCCAGUGAGAAGCAGGCGUUCAUAUGACACUAAAUGCAUUGUAAGACUUUAGAAAUCAUCUUGUACUUUAAAUCAUUUGUUUAAUUGCUUCAUAGAUUCUAGCCAGCUUUAAUAUGCUGUGUAUUAUCUAUCUAUAUUGUGUGAAUUACAUGCAGCAAAGUAAUUGAAAUAUAAUCACUGCGCUCGGGAGCCUUGCUUUCAAAAUGAAAUAAAAGCAAGAAAAGGUCAUUUGUUUAAUAAUGCCAUACGCUCUACAUGAUGUCUGUAAGUUACUGUGUAGGUUUAGAAUUACAUUUCUACUGUAUACAUGUAAUAUUGUAUCUGUGGGGACCAGUUACUCGAGACAUCUUUCAUUACUUCAUUACUAAAAACAGACUUAAAUAUGCUUCAUCUUCAAUGUGUCAGCAAGGUAACAUCAGCAUUCGAUUGAGAGACAGAGUGGAAAGAAGCAGGCAAGACACGGGCUGAGUUUUUUUUUUUUUUAAGUUUAUUUAAAAACAAUGCUCUCUUACACCCCCGGAGGCUCGUGGUGGUGGUGCGACGGGAGGAGGAGGGGGGUCAGAAUUUGAGGAGGGUCAAUAAACCCCCUCUCCCCCCCUUCUCUCUGUCUCACUCACUCACACACACACACAGAUUGACUACCGGAGAUUUAUAAAAAGCCAGGUACAGAAUGAUCAAUAAGUUAUACACGGGUAGAAAAAUCAGAAAAAAUAAAAACCAUCAAUCCUCCCAAAAAAAAAAAAAAAAAAAAACAAAACAAAACCCUACGAGAUUCUACCGUCACGAUGUACAGCUACGUCUAUUUAUUUUUCCGGGAGAGAGGAAACCCCAUCGAAUACUGCAUGGUUAUGCGAUUUCUAUACCGUACUAGCUACAAUGCAGCAAGGAAACAUUCACACAGUAUAUAUAUAU